GCGAAAGAAAGGCACACCGAAAGAAGCAACCAGAAAAGAAAAAAGAAAAACAAAAAAUCCCAUAAAGCAUGGCAACACUGGCCCUUCGCUAAAGCGCGCGCGUUCGAGAGAGAAACCCGUGGCGUUUGCGAGACUUGAGACGGACGAGAGAUAAAUACUUUAAAUUGAAUCAAUUUCGGGGCGCGUACACCCGUACACAUUUUGCGAGUGAGCGUGUACAGGGGGCCCUACCGACCAGGGCAGUGUAACCGUACGUGUGCAGUCAGUAGGCCACGCGUCUGGCCGGUGGUGUUGGUGUUGUAGUUUUCCGUCGAGCAUAGUUGGCCGUGCGAUGUAGUGCACGCAGUUUUUGUAUCGUGCAGAAGCAUUUUUUAAGCGAGCUGAAACCGUUUUGGAAAACCCACGAGAUUUGGGAUUCGUUUGUAGCUUUUACAGUGGCAGUGCUUUUUUGUUGUUGGGUGUGUGUUUGCAGAAAACGUACGAAUUCUUUGCCGAACAAGUGUGAACAGGAGAAGAGCGAACUGUAUGGAGUACGGUUUUUUUUGCGAAUCGAUUUGACAGUUUACAGUGAAAUCAACCGGCCGAGUGACUAGCGUUGGGUGAACUCUAAAACGGAAGAAGGCAAAGCGAGAUCAAAACAUGUCCAGACCUUCGUCGUUGGUCGGUUCGGAUGAGGAGGAGCAAACCAAUUACCACACACCGGACGAGACCGGUCUAACGAAGUCGCAAAAGGUCGCCCUGAUCGCGGCCUGGAGUAUCGUCAAGAAGGAUCUGGUAACGCAUGGACGUAAUAUAUUCGUGAUGUUCUUUGAAGAAUAUCCACAGUAUCUGGACUAUUUUGAUUUUACCGCCGGGAAUGUGGGUGAGCUCGGGGAGAACCGAUCCCUCCAUGCGCAUGCACUGAACGUGAUGAACUUUAUCGGUACCCUCAUCGACUACGGACUUAAUGAUCCUGCCCUGCUAAAGUGUAGUCUCGCGAAGCUGGUACGGAAUCAUCGGAAGCGUAACGUUACCAAGGAAGAUGUCGGUGCUGUCGGAGGCGUUAUUAUGCGUUACAGCUUGAAGGCACUGGAGCAACAUCGAACGAAAACGCUAGAGGAAGCGUUUGCAGCUUUCCUGGGGACCGUUGCGGCCGCGUUCGAGUGAGCAACGGUUCCGUGUGUUCAGAGUCAUCAUCUUUGUGUUAUCAUCAUGACACCAUCACCAUCAUCACCAUCAUCGUCAUCAAUACCUACAGCGAAACGAGAGGCUCUAACGAGAUCAACGAGGCCAACACAAUACCCGUUGACCAACAAUUAUCUUGAUCGUCAGGGGUCGGCGGUGUCAAAACUUUCGUAUCACGUCCUUUAGCUCUGCAGUUCGCUGAUGAAGGGGGGUGCACACCGAACAGCGACCUAUUGCUCUCUAGCAACACAUUCCUACGGUGAAGACGUGAAGCUUUUUAUGACCAGCGUAGAAUAAAAUUUGAGUAUAGUAA